UCCGCACCGCCCCGGAGAAGACCGCCACACCGCGGAAGCACCGUGGACAGUCUGCACGCUCCACGGCACCGCCCUCGGCGACGCGACGACGCGACGACGGCCCGCUGUACCAGUGUACCAGUGACGACGGUACGACGUACCAGUGCACCGAGUCCAGCAGACUGGCACACUGCUCCGCCGCCCUCCAGUGUCGCUAUCACACCGUGGAUUGACUAGGAACAGCAGCAAGGAUGGAGCUGAGCGUGACUCUGCUGGCGGGGGGCGCCAUGUUCCUGGUGCUGGUGUACCAGGUCCUGAUCGUGGUGUCCAGGCGGCGGUACUUCGUCAAGGCCGUCAACGCACUGCCCGGGCCCAAGCCCCACCCCCUGUUCGGCAACGUGCCCGACCUCAUGGUGCCUCCGAACAAAAUGUUUGAGGCGUGGGACCGCAGACACCGCACCAACGCCACGCUGUUCCGAACCUGGAUCGGACCGUACGCCGAGAUCAACCUCAAGGAGCCUGAACAAGUAGAGGCGAUCCUGAGCAGCUCCAAGCACAUCACCAAGUCGAACGCGUACCGGUUCCUCCAGCCCUGGCUCGGCACCGGGCUGCUCACCAGCACGGGCAGCAAGUGGCACACGCACCGCAAGAUGAUCACCCCCACGUUCCACUUCAAGAUCCUCGAGGCCUUCCACGACGUGUUCGUCGAAAAGUGCGAGAUCCUGGCGCAGAAGCUGGCCAGGGUGGCCGACGGCAAGACCGAGUUCGACAUGUACCCCUUCAUCACGCACUGCACCCUGGACAUCAUCUGUGAAACGGCCAUGGGAGUCAAGAUCAACGCGCAGGACAGCACCGAGAAGAGGAGUGACUACGUCUCGGCCAUUUACGAGAUCAGCGAGCUGACGCUGAAGCGCGCGCAGAGGCCGUGGCUCUUCCCCAACGCCACGUUCUACCUGACGGACAUGGGCCGGCGCUACAAGCGCUGCCUCUCCAUCCUGCACGGCUUCACCAACAAGGUCAUCCGCGACCGCUCCGCCCUGCGCGCCUCGCAGAAGGCCCAGCCGGACCCCGUCAGCGGCGACGGCACGGAGGACGACCUGGGACUCAAGAAGAGGACGGCGUUCUUGGACCUGCUUCUGGACGCGCGGGAGGCCGGCGCGCAGCUCACCGACGAGGACCUCAGGGAGGAGGUCGACACGUUCAUGUUCGAGGGCCACGACACGACGACCGCCGGGCUGUGCUGGGCGCUGUUCUUGCUGGGAAAUAACCCGCGCGUACAGGACGCCGCGGCCGACGAGCUGGACACCAUCUUCCAAGGCUCGGACCGCGCCCCCACCGUGCGCGACCUGCAGAACAUGAAGUACCUGGAGCGCGUCAUCAAGGAGACCCUGCGCCUCUUCCCGUCAGUGCCCUUCAUCGGCCGCAAGGUGUUCCAGGACGUCGACCUCGGCGGCUAUAAGGUUCCCGCCGGCUGCAUGAUCAACAUCCCCAUCUACCACAUCCACCGCAACCCCAGCCAGUGGCCGUCGCCGCACACCUUCGACCCGGACAACUUCCUGCCCAACCGCGUGGCCGAGCGCCACCCCUACUCCUACGUGCCCUUCAGCGCCGGGCCCAGGAACUGCAUAGGUCAGAAGUUCGCCCUGAUGGAGGAGAAGACGGUGCUGUCCUACAUCCUCCGGAACUACCGCGUGCACUCGGCCGAGCGCCUGGAGGACCUCACCCUCAUGAUCGACCUCAUCCUGCGGCCAGAGUCGGGCAUCCGAGUCAAGCUGGAGCCGCGGAGGCCGAAGGCGGCCGCCUGAACCCCUCCCACUCCGAAAGCUGAGGCGUCACACAGUGGGCCGGAAGACCGGUGGAGGCGGCCAA